UUUCUCACACAUAUUUUCUGGUGCACUGUCCAAAAUAUCAUUUGUUUGACACUGAAAGUCAUGUGGGUUUUUCGGGGUAUAAUGAUUCCAGAAAAGCUCAUGUGAUCCUACUGAUACCUACGCAACAGCUUUAUGAUUCUCUCCUACAGGACAGGAAUGGAGUUUCAAGCCCCCUUUAUUUCAGAUGGCCUCCUGCUUGGAACUUGUUCUUAGGAGAGUGGAUUUAAUGUAAAUAACCCAUAGAAAAGGUAUCAUGUCUAAGGUUUCUGGUACAAAACAAAAGUGACAGAGGUCUUGUCAUAUCUUUGAGCAGGAACUUACACACUUCUUUUCAGGGCUGUUGAGCUAUUGCUUUGUUUGGAAAUUUUAAUUGUGUAUCCUGCCUGAAUCUGUGUUUCUUAGGCAACUCAUAGAGUAUUUUGCAUCGGAAAAGACAUUUAAAAUCACCAAGUCCAAUCUUAAGAGGAGUGAAAAAGUGUAUUUCAAAUUGUUCAUGUUUCUGUAUGUAGUUCAACUUCCAUAGCUGUUCAUGACCCUUUUUCAUAUACAAAAACAUUUAAUUAAUAGUGAUUUUAUUUUCAUAAACCUGUUGUUUGAAACCCUGAUACAUCUGGCUACCAGACAUGGUUAUAUGCAGGAGUAGUUUCUUUCAUCAAGUUUCUGACCCUAAUCUUACGUUGUUAGAAGAAGAAAGAGUUGAUCUAACUGUAUACAAUAAACCAGUUUGGAGAAGUAAAAUGUUAAUCCACAGUUGACUAAUUUCAACACUAUGACCUGAAAGAAAAUGCACCAUGGGAUAAGGCAGAAAAAUGGUCCUUUCUCAGGAAUUCACAUAUGUUGUGAGCAUGUAUCCCUUUUCCAAGCCUUCUGUGCCCUUGCUCCUGCUGUGUAGCAUGGACCACCAAAUGUGUGUGAGGAUGGUUGUUUCAAACUGCUGGAAUCUAGAAAACUUCUUUUAUUUAGUGGCUAUGGGACAAUCUCAUGGCAGGCAGAUGCUUCACGGUGUGGUCUAACUAGGCAACAAAUGCAUCACAUUUCUUCUUUCUUUUGUGCUCCCAGCCAAAAACCGCUUCACGAUGGGCUCCAUUUCUAGACCAGUUACUGAGUUUUGCCUUGAUCUCUACAAUAAGCUCAACAGAAAUGCAGAGAACACAAAUAUCGUCUUUUCUCCAAUGAGCAUCUCUGUUGCCCUGGCCCUGGUCCAUCUAGGUGCAAGAAACAACACUGCUGCUCAGAUAGAAGAAGUGCUCCAUGCCAGGAAAGCUACAGGAAGAACGAGCCUUGGAUCUGACUGUGAGAGUGCAGAAACAGAGCCAGAAGGAAGCCAGGAGAGACAGCUUUCCCCCUCACAGUGUAACAAGGAUGGAGAUCUCAACCAUAAGGAGUUCCAGGCACUGCUUUUACAACUACAAAACCUUGGCGAAAGAUAUGUUUUAACCCUUGCCAACAAUCUCUUUAUACAACAAGGAUUUGAACUCCAGCAGCAAUUUCUAACAUGCUCUGAGGAACUAUAUGGAGCAAUGCUACAAACAGUAGACUUUCAUGGUGCUGUUGAAGCUGCCAGAAUAAAAAUCAAUGCUUGGGUUGAAAAUGAGACACGAGGUAAAAUCAAGGAACUCUUCGCUCCUGGUGCGAUUGAUGUACAUGCAUUACUGGUGCUGGUGAAUGUAAUCUACUUCAAAGCAUCUUGGGAGCACAAGUUUGAGGAACAAAAAACAGUACAGAGAGACUUUAAACUGAAUCAGAAUGAGAAAAAACCUGUGCAGAUGAUGUAUCAGAAAGGAACAUUUAAAUUAGGCUACAUUGAGGAGAUGGGUGCUCAGGUCCUUGAACUCCCUUAUGCUCAGAAGACACUGAGCAUGAUCAUCCUGCUGCCAGGUGAUAUGGCUGACGGAUCUACCAGUGGGCUGGAGCAGAUUGAAAGCACAAUGACUUAUGAAAAUUUAAUGCUGUGGGCCUCUUCAGAGCACAUGUUUGAGACAACAGUAGAGGUAUACCUCCCCCGAUUCAAGCUUGAAGGCACCUUUAACCUCAAUGAGGUAUUACAAGAGAUGGGGAUGACUGAUGUUUUCAGUGAAUCAAAAGCUGACCUUUCAGCAAUGUCAUUUGCAAAGUCUCUGGUACUGUCAAAUGUUGUCCAUAAGACAUACGUGGAAGUCAAUGAGGAAGGCACUGUAGCAGCAGCUGGUACAGCAGCUGCCAUUGUGAGAAGGUCUCUUCCUCUCAAGGAGGUCUUUAUGGCUGACCACCCUUUCUUGUUUUUUAUUAGACAUAAUCCUACUCAUAAUAUUCUUUUCUUCGGCAAACUCUGCUCACCUUAAAAUCAGGGCCAUUUUCUAACAUUGUGAGAAACAGCUGGAACAAAAUGAGAAAUUGUAUUUUUUUCCCAAUCCAUUCUUAAUCCUUUGACAUCUAGUUUGUAUUUCAAAGUGAUCUCUAUAACCAGUUUAGCUUAGAACCAGUCAAUUGAAUGCUCUGCCACUAGGCUCCUUGAAUUGCAAAUAUUGAUCUGAAUCCAGAAUAAGAGUAAAUUUUGCCUUAACCUCAUUGGAUAUGAAUAACAUUUUGGGUUUUUUUUGACCACAUAUGCUCCUGUAUUCCUGCAUUCAUAUGCAUUCCUGCAUAUUAAUGAUGGUGACAAAAGGAUUGAGGUUAGAAGGGACCUCUGGGGGUCAUCUGGUCCACCUCCCCUGCUCAAGCAGGGCCAUGUACAGCUGGCUGCCCAGGACCGUGUCCAGAUGGCUUUUGGAUAUCUCUGAGGAUUGACACUCCACCACCUCUCUGGACUAUCCCUCCUGUGUGCUCCCUAAAGUCUCAAAUGACUCCAGAGAGAAAUUUGUAUGCACGCUGUCUGCUGUAACAGGAUACAAACCUACACAUAUCUAACGAUGGUUAAUUAUUUACAUAGUAAAGAAGGCUGUAUAUGGGAAUAAACCAAGUGUUUUCAGUCUCAAAGAAUAGGAGGAAAAUGUUCUAAAGUACCCCAUUGAAGUUACUAAUUUGUGAACUGUAGCUAUGAACUUCCAAUAAAUGCUUUUUCUUCUUUA